GACUGACAUCACAAUAUGGCGUCGACUAAAACAUUUGUGUUCGUUUUAAUGUUAUAGUUUUUCUUCGAUAACUUGACCAUUUUUUAAUAUCAAUUACUGAAACUUCUUGGAAGGAUAGCUGGAUAACCAGUGCAUAAACGGCUGUGAUAAUGGGGCGAGGAAGCACCUCCACAACCCAUAAUGGCCCGGGGUUGGUGCUGGAGUGUGAGAGUGAAGGAUUAUCUGAUGUCCAAAUCACCAAGAUUCAAAAACUUCAAGAUGAUCUGCUGAAGCUCCAGUUCAUGCUCAAGAAUGGAGCUGUGCAGAAUGAGAAUGUCUCUGUACAAACCUUGGUUAAUGGCACAGCAGGGAGUAACAUUACCUCAGUGGCUGCCACUGUGGCUCAGCCUCUUUCCAAUGGCACCAAUGUGGUUGGUCUUCAAGUUCCCCAGUUUCUGCUGCUUCAGAAUGGUCAGAUGAUUGCUACCACCGGUACUUUGCCAACGAAUGGGCAGACUGUCACUACUACUCCAGCAACCAGCUUUGUAGCAACAACAUCAACAGUCAGUGUCAGCCCCUCCAACACAACAACUGAUCCUGUCAGUAAAUCAAAGACUUCUACCAUACGUACCACCACAACAAGCAGUGCCACAUCCAUAACAACCAGGUCGACGAGAGGAAGCAUUGUCAACAAGAACAAUACGACCAAUAGCACGAGCAGUCCUGACAUUCAGGUGUUACGAGAGAUGAGGAUCCCCACACUUAUCCAGAGUUCUGGACUACCUACACAGACAACAUCUACCAUAUCAUGUGGUAACAGCCCUCCAAAUACCAGUGGCGGGACAAGUCCUCCCAUCAAUAAGUUCUUGCCCCUACUUAAUGUUAUCGCCAGACCAAAGAACACCCUUCCCCCAGCAGUUGCAGUUAGUCAACGGAAAGAACUCGAUGCAGAAAUUAAAUCGGUCCUCUUCAAAUCUCCACAAGAGUUCGUUGAGUGGUUGCUCACUGUAAGGUUAAUACGCAACACCCAGUAUUGUUCAAUACACAAGAUACCAUUCAGCGAAACUCCUGUGAAACUCACACUGGGAAUGUUCUCGGACCCAAAAGUUCUAUCCACUAGUGGAGGAUACGUGUGGAUUAGUGAGUGUUGUGGAAAGAAGUAUGUGUCCGUGUACAGUGGUUCUAUCUUCGGGUCAACUCCAAUCGACAAAGUUCCUCCCACUUCUGUGCUCAAACUGGUAUACCACUGGGCGUGCCAGACUUCUAUCAGCAAUGUGGAAUUAUGGGUUAAGGUGGAAAAAACUUUCAUCAACAAAAUGUACCAGUACAUGAGAUGCAUAAGUUCUGUCAUGCUUCAAGAUAAGGUAUAUGAUUUUGGCUUUGAUGGAACAACUGUAGAGCUUGGCAUUGUCAGUCUUGGCACCAGCACAGCAGAUGGCGCUAAGAAAGCAGUUAAGGUGGAGAUCCUGGGUCUUUAUGACCGAAAAAUGAAGUCUUACAGGUUGUUUGCUUCUGAACCUGAACCAGGUAGUUCAUCACGGCAGAGGUUUGUGCGCAUUCUCAAGCCAUUAGAAAGAGUUGUUCAUAUCAAUGCCAUAAUACUCUGUGACCAGUCUGUUGACAGAAACUGUUUAUACAACAUGAAUUAUGGAAAGGUUAGUGUAUGUGAAACAAGUGACAAUGAAGAGAACCUUCAAUCUAAUGCAAGAAUUAUGUCUUACUUACGGAGACAUGUCCCUAAGAUGUUUCAGAGUGCACUGUCACAUCUAAAUUUGCAACAAGUACAAUUGGUUUUAGAUGAAUUAUGUUGGCGUGAGCGAUAUGGCCACUGUGCAGCACAGGCUUACAUCAAUAUGGUUGAUCAUAUCACAUAUCUUACGGCACGGGAGGCUGAGAAUCCGGGGGUAUUGCAUCUUCUAGAUUUUGUCUCUCAAAAACCUCAGCAUAACUGGAGAUACAAAAGUCAACAUUUCCCAAAAGGACCUACCUCUCUCCAGCCGUCUAUCAUCAUGAGUUCUCCCAACACUGGCACAAUUACUCCUCAGAUGGCUGUAGAUUCUACUCAAAUGACUCAAACCCCCAUGGAACACACAAACAAGGUGACUUUAGCUCCACGUCGGAUGCAAGGAUCCUCACUGGGGGCUCCAGCAAGCAAAGUUCCUGUAGCAUCAAUAUCUCCCAAAGCUGAUGUUACAGAGCUGGAGCCAUUUUACUAUGGUCAAGUACAAGGACUUUCAAAUUUGGGUCGUUACGUAAAAAUUCAUUCGUAUACUUGCCACAUUUGUAAUGAGGUGUUCAAUAGUAAUUUGGACUUUUACGCACACUUGAAGUUUCAUCUUUGUCGCAAUGCUGGUGUUAAUGAUAAAUUUUGCUGCAACUAUUGCAUUGCACAUUUUGAAACGGAAGAAAAGAGAGAUUACCACCAUAAAUUCCGGCAUAUGCAAAUGGAUACAAGAUACACUUGGUGCAGAAUAUGUUCAGAAAGCUUCACUGGUGAAUACCAGUUAGUAAACCACAUGGCUAAAAAACACUACGAGAGUGAACUUCCGUAUCGUUGUGAGGUCUGCCACUUCACUACAUCGAUUUACUUCAGUGUCAUUGAUCACUUUAAUAAAGAACAUAAAGAAACACCACAUGUUCAGUGUCACUUCUGCCUCAGAGUGAAAUCCAUCACCACCACAUCUGCGAACACUUUCUCCCAGCGGAUGUUCCAGCAUUUACUGAAACAUUCUUCCCAAGUUGGGAAAUGCAAAUCCUGUGUGCUGUCCUUUUACACUAAAUAUCUUCUUGAUGAACAUAAAAGAAGAGAUCAUAUUAGUCGUGUCAAUGUUGUAGGUCUUCAACGUUAUAAAGUGCCUGCUGGUCAGAAUCGCAUUAUGUUUAGGCCAUGGGUGAAAAAUGCACCAAUGCCAAAUCCAAAUGUGACCUAUUUUGCUACCAGCCGACAAAAUUCCAUUGUGGCAAUAUCCUCAACUCUUGAGGUGAUGAACAACUUGAAGGUAGACACCAACGAUGAAGAUAAGAGUUACUACUGUAUUGAGUGUGAUGCAAGUCUCACCCUCGAAAAUCAUUUCAGAGCAUAUCAGAAGUGCACUAAAUGUAGCUAUGCAACAUGUUGCCGUAGUAUGAUCAGCAGGCAUGCCCAAGUGUUUCACCCUAGUGGAAGAAACAGACGAUACUACAAUAUUGGCCCACCUAUUAUACUUCCUCAACCACUAUUCUGUAUCUGUGGAUUCAGCACUCGCAGUGGUAACCACCUUGCACGGCAUCUUGCUUUAUGUGAAGGUGGAAGAAAGUCUGCCUAUCCAUCAGUGUCAGAUGCCAUGGUGUAUCAUGGAGACCCAGUAACUGGAGGGGCAUUAUCUUUGGCUAAUCUUGGCUUCAGCAACAUUGCUGUGAGUGGUAUUCUAUCACCGGGAACAUCACUACCGUCAGUAACACCUGAUGUUCAAGAGACACGCGAGCCAUCACUGGACAUGACUCAUUUUAUGAGCGUGAGUAUGGAAGUGGAUGAUUAAGGUUGAGACUUGACCACAAUGAUAGAUUGAUUAACAAACCUAUAGUGUAAGAAGGCUUAUACAGUACUUUCAGUGUACUGUACAGUAUAUUUCUUAGUAACAAUACCUUGGGCCACUUCAGGAGCAUAUUUUAAAAAUAUUCAGUACGUCACCAAAAAAGUGUUUUUAACAAAUCCUAACAGAGUCCAGUUGUCAAAAUGUUUAACUUUGACAAGGAGUUUUGUUGUAUUGUUCACAGUGAUAGAUAUUUAAAUAACAGAACAUCCUAUUUAAAAUAGUUGUUCUUUUAUAAAAUGAAACGUGUAUUGUGCUUGGUGAUUGUAUUGUAAAUAUAUCUUGUUUAAUGCAAAUUUAUUUUCUUUUACAAAAUGAAACAUUUAGUUUUGAAUUUUAGGUCUUAAGAUAAUAUUACUUUUGAUAAUGGAAAUCGUUUUGAUACGUAUACAGUAUUGUUUUCACAGGAGCAAAACUUUGCUGAUGUAAAUUUUUUAACUGUUCAUUUUAUGCAGGUAUACAGGCAGUCCCAGAGUUAUGAGUGGGUUAUGUUCCUGGACCCUGUUUGUAAGUUAAUUCCAUGGGUUAGGCUAAAGCACAACCCUGCCCAUACAAAAUGACAACAAUAUCCCACACAUAACAAAUAAUGUAAAUACGGUGAUGUUAAACAAUGUAGAAUAAUGAAAUUAAUGUAAAAAAUGGGAUUUUAAUUACAGAUUAAUGUGAUGAAUAUAUUGAGAUCCCGUUCAUAAGUCGCGGGCUGCCUGUAUCCCAGUUUAUGAAAAGGUUCUCUUCCUGAAAAACCUUUAGUAAAUCUUAGCCAAUAUUCUUAUAGACUCCCAUUAUAAAAGCCAAGAUAUGUUCCUACAGAAAAGGAAACAUAAAAAGUUAAAAUGCCACUUAUCAUAUUUUUUAUGACAAAUUUUGAACACAAUGAUUAUAAGCCAAUAAUAAGCAUUAAGUAAAAUACAGUACAGUAUGGUAAUAAAUUUAUACUAAAGAGAAACCAAAGAAAAUGGUUCAGACAGGCACUUAUGGGAAUUGUAACUGCCAUUUACAACAAGAUAAACUCAACUCUUACCUGUUUGGUACUAUUAUUGUUUCUUUAUUUAUGUUUUUACUUUCUUUUGUAUUUAGUCUUGCCAAAACUCCUCCUGAGGCACUACCUGGGUGGGUCUCCUAUGGAUACACAGCACUGUAGAAAAUUAUUUAUUAGAUAUCUUCAAAGAUCCUCAACAAUAUUAGUGCUUCAGUAGCAUUAGAUUAUAGCAAUGAAAUGUAUCAAGUUGGCCCUAUUACUCAUCACUGUUUUAUUUGUUUACAUUAACCAGAUGUCUAAGUGUACAAGUUGCCAAAUUGAGCCAUCAUGUAACACUCAAAGGUAAUAAAUAACAUUGUUAGGAAGGAAACCCCAUAUCAAAUACUAUACAAUAUGUUAUAGUGACCCUAUUGAAAGCUGAUUGACUGAAAGCUCUCACACGAACGCAUCCUGAGUGAAUACCUUCCGAUACAGCUUAUCCUUUUAUCUUCAAGUCAAAUUACAAAUUAUAUAAAGUAUUGUAUAUGUAUAUAUUUUUCAUUAUUGAAGAUGUUAUAUUAAUCAUGAUGAAUCACAAACCGUAAGAGGCUGAUCAUGUGAGAAUAUAAUAAUAAAUCACUAAAUAAACCUGGCAAAUGCAGCAACGCCCUAUCAGCCCUCACAACCCCCAGCUUGCUUACAUACGGAGUCAUAGUUCUCAUUAGGCCUACAGCAAAUCCGAUUAGACCACUGUACAGUAUUCAGUGAACAAAUGUUGUUCUUUUCAUAUUUUUUUUAAAUAUGUACAGUACUGUACAUUAUUUUAACCCAUUUCUUAAAACCUUGGCAUAUCCCUGUUAAUGAUACUGUAAUUCGUACUCUACAUAAAAAGUCACGUAAAUGAGUGGAGUUAGUGAAAUGUGGCACACUGAUUCUAUACAGUACUCAUGAAGGCAGGACUGAGAUGUGCCAUGUGAAACCCACGUACAGACGUUCAACUGCACACACAAACCGUCCAGACUGAUGCUGGAUUUUCCGAACCUUUUACAAAUAUUUCUGGUAAAUAGAGGGGCAGUCAGAAGCACCACAGAGUCCAAAAAAGGCAAUACCAGUGUACUGAAGUGCGGUGUACAGUAUUGAGGUUUUACUGUAUUGAAUAGGAUAGCAAGCUUAUAACAAAGGGUAAGCUGAUUGGGUGUCAUACAGCUUCCAAUUUAAAUUCAGAUGUGGAUAUUGUGCAAUGUCAAUAAUCUGGCAUUAUAAACUCCUGCAACUGCUUUAAUAUAGUGUAAUUUAAAAGAGAAGAUUAACAUAUAUCCCUAUCCUUCUGUUGAGUCUGAAACUACAGAGGUCCCUCGUUUUUUGCGGGGGGUUAUGUUCCUGAUAUUACCUCGAAAGAGCAAAAUCGCGAAUACUUUUUUCCAGAUAUUAACUUAGCAUGUAAUAUUCAAUAUUAUAUAACAUAUCCCCAAUCACUUGCAUGGCCCUAAACGUGUUUCUGAUGAUCUGUAAACUUCUCUCCCUCUCAUAUAUCAUUAAAUAAUUUGUAAAAACAACAUAAGAAAAUCACAAAUAAAAAUUAUUUUAUAUAUUACAUACCUAAAAAAUACAACGCAUAAGGAAUACUGUAGUCACCAGCCCAGUUAUGUUGUUCCGUCCUCUUGAUCCUCCCUCCAAACUCUCUCCCUAGUACAUCACAACAUGAUGAAUGAAUGAAUGGUGAUGAUUAAUCUGAAGAUGACCCUCCCUCUCCCUUGAUUAACUUAGUCAAGCGGUAUGCGGUGGCGGUUUGAACCCGAUAUCAGCGCUUUCUCCAUUUUAAUCAGUGCCGGAUCUCUCACAUUUUGUCACCUUUGCUGGUGCAAUAGCAGUAACCACAUCAACGACAUCUUUCUCUCUUUUUUUUUGUGUAGCGAACUGUUGAUUCGUUCAUCCCAUAUCCCCUAGCGCAUAGCUCAUGCCGGUUUCAGUUUUCUUCAUUACUUUGACUUUCCCUACUGAAGUAAACACUUUUUUUUUCUCUUAGGCUUCUUUGGUGCAUUACUGCCCUUAUCACCACCUUUAGAAGGAUGUUUUGGAGCCAUGACGGGAUUUUCAAGUGCAAAACACAAAAAUCAUUAAUACCUGUUGCAAUAAAAAUAUAUUUCUGAGGAAAAUCCGCGAAGUCAAAACUGUAAAAAAUGCGUAAAAAACGAGGGUGCAUCGUACAUACUUUCCAUGGACUCCUAGCUCCAUUGUACACCAGUGCAUUGCCUGUUUUCUUAAAUUCAACUUGUGGUGGUUACAUUUUUAGACAAAUUUGUUGUAUUUAAAACAGACCGUCAUCUCAGGCACUGCCUACCCAGUAACCUCACCACUCCAACUCUCUUCCUCUGGGCCCAAAUGCAGUUGUCUUUGACCCAUCCAUUUAAGAAAUACUUAGUUAUUUUCAUUUGCACAAAUUUGAAUUUAACAAUAGCCUCAGUUACUGCUGAUUGAAGGAUUUGAAAAAGGUCGGCAGACUGCCGACAUUACAGGUACCUGUAUAAUGGCCCUUCAUGAGGCAACCAUACGUACCAUUUGUGUUAAUUUUAUUUACUACAAGAGUUCAAAACUCUUACUGUCACAACAUUCUCUUUUGGGUUUUUAUUCUGACAAAUUCUGGUUUCUUUAACUUGAGACUGUGACCUUGAUAGCAAGGAAACCACUAAAUAUAUCUUUAAUGUUUCAUAUUGUGGAGAAGCAUUCAGUACUUUUUAUGUUGUAUUUUUCAUUAAUUUUUACGUACACAAUAAGUUUUUAAGUUUCCUUGACCACAACAAAAGUCAUUUAGGACCACGCGCGUGAGGUCUGGUUAUCUUUGUUCUGCUGCCAAUUUAUCCCACAGGAAUUUUUUUGCAUGAUUUAUACAUUACUCGCUUUGCUAUUGUUUUGACUCAAACGUGCAGGAAAAAAAUACAAGAACAAGACAAUUUUUUUCACUCCAAAUAAAGAAAAGGAGUUAGAGUAUUUGUUUCUAGCACCAUAUCUCCAUUUUCUCACAAACACGCCAAUGAUGACUUUGAAAUUUUGAUGUGACUAAUUACGGGGAGGGUGAGAGAGAUAAUAAAGAGACAAAUGUGACCUACCAACGCGGCUGACAAGAGGAAACUGAUGGACAGCGGAACUCCGCCCAUGCUUUGGCACUUUCUGGAAGCUUCUCUCGCAAGAUCGUGCAGUCAUCUAUAAUGUACGAAAAGAUGACACAAUUAUCUAAAAAAUGGGGGGGGGGGUGAAUUUUCUAAGGGUUAAUGGUGCAAUUCGUGUCAUCGAUACAAAUAAGAGCCACUCAAUGAUUUUAUGCGAUUUGCAUCAUGAUGAGUUAGAGGGCUAAUAAGUUUUUUAAAGGAUUAAUAAAUAAAUGUCAAAGACAGUCAACCAGCUGGUGAAUAUGUAGUUUCCCCAGACUUCAAUAGAUUGCAGCACAAGUGGGCAUGUCAUCUGUUAGCACAGGCCUAGCACUAAGCUGUUCUCUCAGGACAUGAGUCACCUAAAGUCUCAAGAACUGCAAUCCAAGAAGCAGUUAUUCAGACACGAGUUAUUUUAUAAAUUGUUAAGAGUAAUUUGAAAUGAUGGCAUUAGUGUUGAAGUGAGAAAAGGUGCUUUCUCAAGAAUUUUAUAUCUUAUGCUCUUUGCCAAUGGUUGCCAAAAAUUUAAUAGCACUAUAAGAAUUGUUUGCAGUUACAGAGAAAUAAAAUACCUCAACUAUGUUUUGAUAGAAGUUUGGUUGCAAACACGUACAGUACCGUACAGAGUACUACCUCUGUAAUGAAAUACGGCACUUUGGAAUUUUUUUUAUUGUAACGUAUUAGGAAAUGCUUUGGGAAUUCAAGAUAUAUUGUAUUGUAUUAAAGCAGAAACUGCAAAUAAAUUGAGAGUCUGUAUGCUCCUAUGCUUUUAAAGCUUACAAAAGUAGAGAUGGUCUUGUGUGUGUUCAUUAUGUGUCUGUUGUACCAGGAUACACUAGGAAUAUGUUUCAGGAGAUCCUUAAUUAUCAAAAUAUGCUUCACUAGAUUACCAGAGAGAUUUCUUAACUGCAGUGUAAUAGGAAAAGCUGAACCAUGAAAUGUGUCAGUGCAUAUGAAUAUUUUUUGUCUUGUGUAUAGGUUAUAAAGAGAAGAAGUAAUUAAGGAUCAUCCAAGGAUAAUUAUCAGUUCAAGAAAAUAAUUUUUGUAAUGAAUACAUUUGUAUAUCUUGUUUAAUUUGACAUGAUAAUAGAGUGCAGUUCUUAAAAGUAUACUGUACAAUAAUAAGCUUUGAAUACAAUAUACUGUAUAUGUAGAUCAUGGAAAACAGUAUGGCAUCCCCUCAAUAUACUUGUAUGUUUUCAUCAGGUUUAGGCUUACUGUGAAUCAAUCUCUCUUGUUUCCUCAUACAUUCCUCAAGUUAUUUAAGAAUCUUAUCUCAAAAGUUAGUUUUGUGUUCUUCAAUAAAAUAAGAAUGACUGCUUUAGUAAUUGUAUUAAAGUUUUGUAUGGAAAACUGUAUUUGUUAUAUUAACUGCUGAAAGAUUUGGUUUUAUUUGCACUGUGCUGUACACACUAUUGUGAGAUCUAUCAUCUUAUUUUACACAUGAUAUGAUUUAAUUUCUAUCAACAUAUGUUAGUAGCCAUUCCAAUACCUGUACUUGGGGCUUGAUAUUUACAUCUGCUUGACAACUAAGAGCUUUCCUGAUUGGGAUGCUACUUCAUUAUAUUUCUAAACUAUUUUUCUCUUAUCAGAUACCGAACAUUUGAUAAGGGCACUGCAAUUUUUUAUGCUGAAAAAGCACAUGAAAGAAUUUUUUUUUAUAUUAGCUUUACAUAAGAUUAACAAAAUUAUUUGUAACUUAGGGAAAUUGAGAAGCCACAUUUUUGGCAGCCUCCAAUAAGAUUCUACAUAGCUGUCUUGCAAGAUAACUGUAAAAAUUGGGCCCUGAAUAGUUUUGUGGAUAGCCUUUUUCUGUUGUUUAAUAAAUGUGUAUUUUCUUUUCAUAUUCUAAAUAAAGAUUUCAUAUCUAUAA